GCGGGCCGGCCCCGCGUCACGCUGCCGUGUCGCGAAGGGGCGGAGCUACAGUGGAUGUGCGACGGGGACACGCUGAUCAGCAGCGGCUCGCCGACGGCGCCCUCUGUGAACUGGUGGCGACUUGCGCCCGGCAAACACGAAGGAGCCGCCGAAGAAGAAGAAGAAAACCUCUGCAAACACAACACAUUCAGGCCGCGUCGAGCGUCGCCGGACGACGAGCGCGCGUCGGCGGGAGGAGGAGACGAGGAGGAGGCCACCGUGACGGAGCGACAGAAAGAAUAUCUGCGAUGGUUUUAUCGCGCCGAAGAUCCAACUGUGUGGAAGUUCGUGCUGCUGGGUUUGGCCUUCGUCUGCCUUCUGGUCGGCUUUCUCUUGCUGGGAAUGGGCGCCAUGGCUAGCAGGAACAGGAGGAAGAUCGGCAAGUACAAGGAGGCGGCGGCGGCGGCGGCCCACAAAGGCGAAGACCGGACGUGGCCGGGAGGCGACGACGACGGCGGCGUCGACUGCGGCGCGCGGACGCCGCGGAUGCCGACGCCCUGCAACGGCGACACCGGCGAGAUGAAAGCGGGCAGCAUCGUGGUGACGUGGAAGGACGGAAACACUUCGUGUUUGUACACCGACGCCCCGGUCGAGGACGAGCCCGAGGUCGAGGCCGAGGUCGAGCUGCCCCAGCCGAGCGAGGGCGACGACAAGGAGGAGGAAGAGGAGGAGGAGAUGAAGGAUGGGCCAGACACAUCAACGCGACCGACAACGACGUCUACUUGAACUUUGACAUUUUCACUUUAAAGCCUUUGAAGCGUCUGUGCAUUUACUUUAACUGACAGGAUGAUGACGAUGAUGAGGAUGAUGAUGAUGAUGAUUAUUAUCAGGUCACCACAGAUUAAUUGAAAUUUAAAAAAAAAAAAAAAAAACACUUGAUGGG